AUGUCUCUUCCUGAUUUAAACGAAACGUGCAUGAAGUUUUUCGCAUCUUUAGAGUUGCCGUCGUAUCCGUCUUCACCUGAAAGCAUGAGAACGAGCCUGUCAGAGGAGUGGAAUUACAACCACCAAUCAAGUCGUAAUCAUUCACCUCUUUCCGAUGCUGUUAAUUCACCUCUUACUGAUGCUGUUAAUACGAACAAUACUUCGGAAGCAGCCAAUUCAAAUUCUGAGUUUUUGAAUCAACAAUCAUUUCAGCAUCAACAAUUAACAGAGCCAUUCAUCAACGGAGACAUUAACAAAUUACCAAAUGAAGAACUUCAGCAACAACAAGAUCGGUCUCUUGAAAAUGAAUCACCUUUACAAAAAGCAGAGCGAACUAGUACACAAAACAAGAACCAACAAAGACAAGCACGAACUGCAUUUACUACGGAGCAGCUCAAUGAGCUUGAAAAAAUUUUCUGUACAAACAAUUACUUAUGCUGUACAACUAGAAUUCAGACUGCGUCUAAAUUGAAUUUGACCGAAAGACAGGUCAAAGUAUGGUUUCAGAAUCGUAGAAUGAAGGAGAAAAAAACUACCUCAAGUAAAGUCGAUACAAACGACAAGAACAAUUUAAAUCCUCCGAAGAAUGGAAGAAAUCAGUUACUUGCCGCUGAAUACGUUCAGCGUAGACGAAUGAACCCACUUGGAUUAGGUUCAACUAUACAUUACCAUCAUUCGCCACCGAUUCAAGAUAUGGGUUUUAAAAUCAACGGUAACUACUGGACGAAUGGUACCAACUACCAAUCAGCAUACAGCGGAAGUAUGCAAAAUGCUACCAUUUAUACUGAAUCUUCUGAGGCCCAAAUGUAUAAUAACAACAUUAAUAAUUAUUAUUCACCCGUCAAUGGGUUCUAUAAUAAUAAUAAUAAUAACUAUACCGGUUAUUAUGUAAACCCUGUUGACAACAUCGAUUAUAACUAUAAAGAACACACUACUGUCACUGGCUAUCCGGCUAAUAACAGUAACUGUUAUACAUACCGAGUAAUUCCUGAUUCAGAGCAAACCCCUAACUCUGUCCCAGGAAUUACACCAUCGAAUGAGUUAAACAACAAUAUCGAUAGUGUCAAUUAUUCAAGCACUACCCAUAAUCUCUAUCAACUUCAGUAAACAAUGGGAUUUAAUAGAUGUCAUUAUUAAGUAAGGCCGAUAUUUUUGUGUAAUGUUAAGUCAUUAAGAAGGGAGUGUGUAAAUAAUGAUCAAGUAUUUAAUUCAUGGGUAAUUAGAAUAAAAGUCAGUAGAUAAAAUUAUAAUUAAAUAAAUAGUGAAGAUGUAAAAUAUGGAAUUCAAUUGAAUUGCUAAUAAUAUUAUAAGAAUACUAUUGAUAAUUUAGUAUAUACACUGUAAAAAGAGCGGUGUUAAAAAUGG